AUGACCAAUGCAGCCAAUUUCAAGAAUAAUUCGGAGUCGGUGAAGCUCGUCAAAGUGCGACAGAAACGCUGGGCGCCGAAAACAACGACUGGCUGUCUCACAUGUCGCGUGCGGAAGGUCAAAUGUGACGAAGAGAAACCAUGUUGUCGUCGAUGUAUAUCGACAGGCCGGAAAUGCGAUGGAUACGAAAAGUCCAAGCCAGCCAUUGUGUCACCCAUACAAGGGGCUCCUUCAGCCUGGAGUCUCCUGCCGGGUGACACGCAGGAGAAGAGUAAUUUCAACUACUUCCACUCCGUCGCCAUUGCGGACCUAUCAGGGUGUUUCGACACGGGGUUUUGGUCCGGACAAAUGCUCAGGAUCUCGCAUUCCUAUCCAGCCCUAUGGCACGCUAUGACCGCAUUAGCCUGCAUCCACCGGGAGUACCUUACCGAGCACUCUCUAGCAGCCCCCAAGCCCAAAGACCCUACUCGGAUCCAGUUUGCCCUGAAGCAAUGCAACCAAGCGAUCCGGUCCCUGCGCGAUCUGCUCUCGGGGUUCUGCCCCACCUUAUUGGAUCAGCUGGUUGUGCUGACCACUUGCAUUCUCUUCACCUGUAUGUCCAGCCUCCAGGGCCAGCAGGUACAAGCGUUCGUGCAUAUCAACAAUGGAAUCAAGCUUCUCCAUCAAUGGAGGUUGCACUCCCUCGGCCGCACUAAAAGUCCAGAGUUGAAUAAUGCGGUCGAUAUGCUCCUGAUCAUGUUCGCUCGACUAGACAGCCAAGUUCGUCCCUAUCUCGCAUCCCACCAGGCGCUUCUCGCGUGGACGGACGCCGAGAUCGACCGACCACGUGCCUACCAGCCUUUCGAAUCCCUGCUCGAAGCCGAGCUAUGUCUAGAGAUGAUAUACAACGGGACGAUGCGGCUAGUCCUGGACAAGGAUUACAGCUCGCCAAAACCGACACCCGAAAUCGUCGAAAAGAAACGAACAUUUCUGCAACAAUUUGCAGAAUGGGACCAGCGCGUGUCAGCUCUAUUAGCGGAUGACUUAUGCUCGGUGAAGGACCUGGACAGCCUCUUCAUUCGACGAAAGUUCGGAGGGUUAUUUCUCGCAGCAGAUGCCACCAAGGGCGAACUGGCGCAUGACGACCUAUUGUACCAAUUUAUGGACUUACUCAACAUGUCUGAUCGAAUCUUGAAGCGGUCAGGCACCACCCCGUCAAGGUCGACAUUCCCGUCGUUUCGCUUGGCCACGACCGUGGUCGAACCAUUAUACUGGGUGGCAAUUAAGUGUCGGGAGCCAACAGUGCGCCGAGAGGCCGUACGACUUCUGCAACAGUUCCCUCGACGAGAAGGGAUCUGUGAGACGCUUGUGGCCGUGAAAGUGAUGAACAAGGUGAUCGAGUUAGAGGAAGAGAGAUGUCCAACGGCUCGUAAUUCGCCAGAGAAAAAGGAUGUCUGCACGGGUGGUCGGUGGGUGUGUGCAAAGCAUCGCAUUGUCAGCUCGGAAUUCAUAUUGGUCGGCGAGAAACAGGUGUGCGUGGUGUUCAAGACUCUGGAUGACCACAUUUUAUCUCAACCGGGGACAAGUAUCCUAUCAUCCUGGUGGUGA